UUUGCCCUGUUUUUUGUUUUAUUUUUUUUUUUCUUUUCUCUCUUUCUUUCAUAUAAUUUACGCAAUUUUAUAUAGUUUAUCUAUUUACUUAUUCUCUUUAAAGAAUAAUAGUCAAGAGUGGAAAUAUUAUCGACCCAUAUUAUUUAAAUAGAUGAAUUCAACACUGGAAGUAUUACAAUCUUUUCCUUCUAAUCAACAAGUUCAACCAAAGUAAGAUUUAUAUUCUCAUUGAAUUUAUAAUGACAAUUAACUGUUUCAUUACUCUAGUACAUUAACAAUCUUAACACCUGUUGAAAAUAAAAAUGAUGUUCUCGAUUCACAAUCUAAUCAUGCGUCUACAGAAAUGAAUUCUAAACCAGAAUCUAAUAACGCUGCUAAACGAUAUGCAAUUUCACAAAAGAUUAAAGAUAAUUUUUAUGCUAUUCAUCAUGUUCAGCGCUAUUCAUCUAAAGAAAAUGAACCAACUAUUAAGAAAGAAGUUCGAGAUGUUGAGUUUAAUGAUGAAUCAAAAAAGUUAUCACACCAUAGUGGUUAUAAAAGAAUGGAUAUGGAUCUUACAACAUCACCAGAAAAUGGUAAACGUAAACGAUCACGACAACAACAACAACAACAACAACAACAAAAGUCACGACAUCAAAAUUCUUUAUUUCAAACUUGCACAGGGCUUUGGCCAUCAACAUCGCCUCAUUUAGGCGACAUGAGUUACAAUUACAUUAAAUCUAUUAGUGAUCUUUUAAAAGUUCGGCUCUGUCAAGCUAAAUUUAAAAUGAUGUCAAAAUUCGAACAAGACCAUGAACUAUUUCACUUUUUAUCAGAAGAAUAUAUUCCACCUAAACCAGUGGCUCAUACUGUGAGAUUAAUAACUAAUCAACAUUUCAAGUCAACGUUAGCAGUUAUAGGAAAUGGUAAAAAUUUGUUUAGUCGUCAAAAAUCAGCCCACAAAUAUCAUCGAAGUUAUUUAGCAGAUUCACCUAUGAUGAAUGAGAAUGAAUCUAUGAUGACUUCACCACAAAGACAGACUAAUAAGACACCACGCCAUAAAAAACGUACACCUAAAACACCUACAAUGCCUAAAGUGAGACGAAUGACGACAACAUUAAAAAGAAGAUCGGCUGCUGCUGAUGUUAUGCCUGUUACUCUAUCAGAUGGCUCUUGUUAUUAUGUUUGUGAGCCCUGUAAUAAAAAAUAUAAAAACCGUAAUGGGCUUGCUUAUCAUUUAGAGCGAUGUAAGAAUGCAGUGUCAAAACAGUUAUCAGAAGAUACUUCCCUUAAUACAAUGAUUGGAAAUAGUAUUAGUGGCGGUAGCGGUAGCGGUGGGAGUACAGUGGAAGAAGAAGACGAAGAACAACAACGUAAUUUAAAUUUUAUCUGUACAGAAACAAAAUCUACUACUAUUAUUGAAUGCGAAAAAUGUAAUUCGAAAAUACAGAUCGAUAGUCAAUCCACAGAAAUAGAUAAAGAUGCUUACUGUUCAAAAUGUAUGGAACCCGAGUUAUCUGAAGCAAAUCAAGUUGGAAAAGAUUUAUUACAAUGUUUAUUAGAUGCUAGUGAUCGUUUACAACACAGCCAAACAACCUCUUCACAAGCGAGUGAUGUUGAACAUCAUAACCAACAGCUUCAAGACUUGUUUAAUCAAAUAGCAACACCUGUUAAAGACGACUCUGAUCUAUUUCCCGAAUUUAUACAUCAAAAUGAAGAUGAGGAACUAUUUAGUGUUAUCACUACUCCCGCAAAUAAUGAAGAUAAUGAUGGUUCAGAAGCAGGCCUUAAUUCUCAAACAGAUAUACAUGAUUAUUUAUCUAAUUCAUCUCAGUUACAUAUUUGGGAUGAUUUUAAUGUAAAUUCAAAUUUCGAUGAAAAUACCAUGAGUAGUCAACAAGAUCAACAAUGGAGUAGUAUGUUAGAAGAAGACGAUCAUCUCUUUUCAAAUUAUGAUACUGAUUUACCAAGCUCAUCUUUAAAUAUGAGUGACUUACAUAUCUUUAGUCAGCCUCCAUCUCUCUUAUUCUCAGAUACAACAAUGAAUAGUAGUCAUGAAGAUGAGCAGGUGCCUGUAUCAUCCACAUUGAAUGAAUUAUCACCUACACCUAUUAUAACUAUUGCUGAAUCAUCGCCUAUGGGUGAUGACACUACACCAGUUGCUAAUAGUAAUACACCCAUUUGUGACAAUGUGAUAACUACUACCGAUACUGCUAAUACACCUGGUGCAUCAUCAUCAUCUACUACAAACACACCUACCAUUCAUUCUGCAGAUGGGCUUUGGUUUCAAUUUGCCAACUUUGAUGAUGAUUAUCAAUGUGAAAAUUAAGUUUUUAUUUUAUUAUUAUGGAUAAUAAAAAUAAUGUAUAUAACAUUUUAAGAUUGAUAAAGA